AAGUAGAGAGAGCAAAAACACUAAGAGAGUGAGACUCAUAAAGCUCCGGUUUUCACACAAAAUCGCCAAGCAUAGAGAGGAGUUGUUUUAUCCUGGAGACGACCGGCUGAUAAUCUGUUGUGUGCAUCGAUGGCAGUGUCGCGAACGUCUUAAAUAAAGCGACCUAGUCCGCGACUCAGCUCCAGAUUUGGCAACCUUGUUCCUUGUUGUUGUUCUGUUAACAAUUUUAAGACGCUCGGCUGCUGCUAUGUCGAAUGAACAGAACAACAUGACUGGAUCUACUGUUGUCGAUAUCAAUCGACCCUUUAGCUUCGUUGGAGUCAACUUCCAUCGCUGGAGACAAAAGAUGGAGUUCUACCUGACGACCAAGAAGUUGGCACACUGCCUCACCAGCAUGCCCGUCGAGCUGCCGGAAGAAGCGACCGAUGAGGAGAGGGCUGCUUCUGCCAAGGAAAGGGAGCAUGACUUCCUGUGCAAGAACUACAUCCUCAACGGCCUGGCAGACGAUCUCUACGACUACUAUGCGGACAACAAGAACACCUCAUGAUGAUCUAGGAUGCGCUCCAAAAGAAAUACGACACGGAGGAGGCUGGAGCUAAGAAGUAUGUUGUUAGCCGCUACCUGCGCUACCAGAUGGUGGAUGACAAGUCCGUCGAAGUUCAGUCCCACGAACUUCCGAAAAUAGCUCAUGAGAUCGUCUCUGAAGGUAGGGGUGUACAUGGGUCGGGUGGUCCGGGUUUAGAUAUUUUAAUCACCCGACCCAUGCACUACGGUUUGGGAAAUAUUAAACCCAAACCCACCUAAAAAAAUCUAAACCCUACGGAUUGUUUCUAAUUGGGUUGGGUCGGGUUGGCGAUAUUUUUAAGUAAAAACCCAACCCAGCACAAAAUAUGUAAUUAUUCUACAUCAUAAAAAUAUUUUAUAACAAAUUAAAAAUUCAAACGAAUAAACCGAGGUGAAAGGU